GAAACCUCGGGGGAGCGCGGGAGGCGGAGCGGGCGGCGCCGAGAAACAGCGGCUGCGGCCAAGCGGCGGGAGCGAGGAACGCCGAGCCUGCCGCCACCGCCGAGCAGUCCUCCAGCCGUCCAGCGUCCGCUUGUCCGUGCAUCCUCCGCGGAUCGGCGGCGGGCCGGCGGCCGAACCCAUGCAGCCGCGCAGCGAGCGCCCGGCCGGCAGGACGCAAAGUCCAGAGCACGGCAGCCCGGGGCCCGCGCCCGAGGCGCCGCCGCCGCCACCGCCGCCGCAGCCGGCAGCCCCCGAGGCAGAGCGUGCCCGGCCCCGGCAGGCCCGGCCCACGGGCCCCAUGGAAGGUUCAGUGCAGCUGCUGAGCCGCGAGGGCCACACCGUCGCCCACAACUCCAAGCGACACUACCACGACGCCUUCGUGGCCAUGAGCCGCAUGCGGCAGCGCGGCCUCCUGUGUGACAUCGUCUUGCACGUGGCUGCCAAGGAGAUCCGGGCACACAAGGUGGUGCUGGCCUCCUGCAGCCCCUACUUCCACGCCAUGUUCACAAAUGAGAUGAGUGAGAGCCGUCAGACGCACGUGACGCUGCACGACAUCGACCCUCAGGCCCUGGACCAGCUGGUGCAGUUUGCGUACACGGCCGAGAUCGUGGUGGGGGAAGGCAACGUGCAGACUUUGCUCCCGGCCGCCAGCCUCCUGCAGCUGAACGGGGUCCGUGACGCCUGCUGCAAGUUCCUGCUGAGUCAGCUCGACCCCUCCAACUGUCUGGGCAUCCGCGGCUUCGCCGACACACACUCGUGCAGUGACCUGCUCAAGGCGGCACACAGGUACGUGCUGCAGCACUUCGUGGACGUGGCCAAGACUGAGGAGUUCAUGCUGUUGCCGCUGAAGCAGGUGCUGGAACUGGUCUCUAGCGACAGCCUGAACGUGCCUUCAGAGGAGGACGUCUACCGUGCCGUCCUGAGUUGGGUCAAGCACGACGUGGAUACCCGGAGGCAGCACGUUCCUCGGAGCUCCCACAGGGGUGAUGCAGGCGCGUGUCUUGAGGAGGGUCCAGGACACGUGAGCAGGCCUGCUACCACACCCCAGCUGAUGAAGUGUGUGCGCCUGCCCCUGCUGAGCCGGGACUUCCUGCUGGGCCACGUGGACGCCGAGAGCCUGGUGCGGCACCACCCGGACUGCAAGGACCUACUCAUUGAGGCCCUCAAGUUCCACCUGCUGCCCGAGCAGAGGGGCGUCCUGGGCACCAGCCGCACCCGGCCUCGGCGCUGUGAGGGCGCCGGCCCUGUGCUCUUCGCUGUGGGUGGUGGGAGCCUGUUCGCCAUCCACGGGGACUGUGAAGCGUACGACACACGCGCUGACCGCUGGCAUGUGGUGGCCUCAAUGUCCACGCGCCGGGCCCGGGUGGGCGUGGCGGCAGUUGGGAACCGGCUGUAUGCCGUGGGCGGUUACGAUGGGACUUCAGACCUGGCCACCGUAGAGUCGUACGACCCUGUGACCAACACCUGGCAGCCUGAGGUGUCCAUGGGCACGAGGCGCAGCUGCCUGGGUGUGGCUGCCCUGCACGGGCUCCUGUAUGCAGCCGGUGGCUACGAUGGGGCCUCUUGCCUCAACAGUGCCGAGCGCUACGACCCCCUGACGGGAACGUGGACGUCAAUCGCCGCCAUGAGCACCCGGAGGCGAUAUGUGCGCGUGGCCAUGCUCGAUGGGAACCUGUAUGCCGUGGGCGGUUAUGACAGCUCAUCACACCUGGCCACCGUGGAGAAGUAUGAGCCCCAGCCCGUCCCUCCGCCGCAGGUGAGCUCCUGGACGCCCGUGGCCUCCAUGCUGAGCCGGCGCAGCUCCGCGGGCGUGGCGGUGCUCGAGGGGGCGCUCUACGUGGCCGGCGGCAACGACGGCACCAGCUGCCUCAACUCCGUGGAGAGAUACAGCCCCAGGGCGGGCGCCUGGGAGAGCGUGGCGCCCAUGAACGUCCGGAGGAGCACACACGACCUGGUGUCCAUGGACGGCUGGCUGUACGCCGUAGGGGGCAACGACGGCAGUUCCAGCCUCAACUCCAUUGAGAAGUACAACCCGAGGACCAACAAGUGGGUGGCCGCGUCCUGCAUGUUCACACGGCGCAGCAGCGUGGGCGUGGCCGUGCUCGAGCUGCUCAACUUCCCGCCGCCCUCUUCGCCCACGCUGUCUGUGUCGUCCACCAGCCUCUGACCCGUGGCGCGGCCGCACAGAGACCCGCCCGCGGCCUCCCACGUGCCUUAAGCCCCCUGGGCCCAGCGCCUGCCUCCUCUGCGCGUGGGGCGGGGCUCGGCCCCCACCAGGAACGUCCGGGGCCGUCUGUCCAGUCUCCGCGCGUCUAGGCCGCCGGUUUCUGUGUUCCUUUCUCAGUGUUUGUUUGUGUGUGCCAUUUGUUUAUUCACUCGUUUAUUUAUCGAUCGGUGGUGGGCAGGCUGCGGCUGCCAGUCUCUCUGUUUACUUUUAAAGUGUCCUGUCUCUGGGACCAAGCUGCCCUCUUGGGUGUCCUCCCACCGUGCUGGGGGCACUGGGGAGCGACCGGGUGGACACUGGCGUUGCCCGUGGGUAAGGGGCCAACUUGGACUCUCUAGACCUGGAGGGACCGAGGGGUGAUGCAGAGCAGUUAUUCGGGGGGGCUUUCUGAGCAGGUGCAGACCCCCAGCCUGAGCUUUGCACACCUCCUUGCCUCGCCCAGCCAGGCACACUUCCGGCGGGGGGGCACGAAUCGGGCUUCCUUCCUGUGGCUGUGGUGCCAUCUCUGGAUCCUGCACUGAGCUGGGCACACGUGCACCGCAGACCGCGCACAGCAAUAUGAGCCACUUGAACAAUAAACGUGUUUCCUGGGCUCUGCGGGCCUGUGGCUGAGUGUCGAUCUC